AUGAAGACCCUUCAUUCCAACAUUGACCACGCUAACAAGCCUCUUAGUGGCUCAGCAGCGCCUCAGCGAGCCUCAGACCCGAUCAAUCUGAGCGUCUACAUUGCGCGACAAUACGAUCAAACCCUGACGGAAUCCGACUUGAAACUCCUCUCGCAAUUCUCACCAGACUAUGCUCCACCAGAGCACCGGCAUCGAUCGUUUGCAACGCUGCAGAUGGAAUAUCAAAAGCUACUCAGAGCCGCCAACCGUCCCAGCGGUCUCCCGUCGAUUCCAGUGGACGGCGAGAAAUGCGAGGGAGAAGAAGAAGAACAAAAAGCCAUUGCGGCAGAGCUCGUAGCCAAGGGAACGCUCUGCACAAGAUUAAUGGAAGAGCAUCACUUUUUCCUCCCAAUGCAGACGAGUAGACGGGUGAUCGACUUGGUCACGGUAUCCCUGAAAGCUACAAACACGGGAAAGCUGCUCUCCAUCGUCGACACGCCCCUCUUCUUCACUCAGAAAGGGAUCUACUCUCCCGCGAGGAUCCUGCCGGCUCUCUUCCUGGCGAGCCAGAUCUUGACCCGCCCGUCAUCGAUUGAAUUUUUCCAUGCUCUCAUGUUUGGCAAGAAGAUGCCACAUCUGCAUCAUCCCGAGGAUUAUGCCCUUGCCACCAAUCUGUGGCGUCCUUACGAACGCGGCGCCAUGCCGGCCGAAGAAAUCGGAAUGGUCACGGCUGCUUUCGAGGACAUUGCGGCGAACCUCGACUACAAAUUCAUGCCCAUCCAGCAGGAGUGGGGCCAUACCAGCAGCAAGAUGGUGCUUCAAGAGGACGGAAGCUUGACACGAAAGUUCCACAUCACGCUGCAGGCGGAGAAGUAUCGGGCCAUUGGGGACCUCACGGGGCCGGAGACGAUGGUGUUGCGAGGAUGGUUCACUCUGGCCACUACGAUCGUCCACGAGAUUGCUCAUGCCUUCUUCCAGCACAUUGCUUCAGGCGCGGGCUGGAGCUCCAAAAGGGAGCCCGUCUUCGAGGACGAUCAAUGCUGGGGUGAUGGAUGCUGUGGAGAGCUUGGCCACUCACUAGAGAAGCACAUCUAUGGAGUCUAUUGGCCCGAUGCUACUUUGAGUGAUGGAGAGAUAACGAAACAUUUCGAUCUAAUUCUUGAGACGUAG